UGUGUUUCACAAUGCUCAUUUUGUCAGGAGGAGAGCGUUGCAGGAUACUCCCUCGGUUCACGACUGAAACAAGGGAAAAAAGGAACUCAAGGAGGUCAGAUUUUGGUGCUGCAGAGGGGGAAAUAAUCUCAUCUGUGGAAAGAUGAAGAAAGCUGUGUCAUUUCUGAUCACCCUGUACGUCUCAGUGCCUAUCGCAUUAUACGUGUUCCCGUGGAUAUUGGGCCAUGUCAUAUUUGCUCACUUGUUGAGGCUUCCAUUCUCGGUGGAUCUCAGCAAACCCGAAGAAGUCCUGAACCACACGUGCAACUUCUACCUCGACACUGAGGAGGGCGUCUCAGUGGGUGUGUGGCAUACACUCCCUGCCAGCCAAUGGGAGGCGGCUGCUGGGAAAAACCCUGAGUGGUACCGAGAGACUCUAGGAGAGGGCGAUCCUGUUAUUAUCUAUCUCCAUGGCAACGGAGGGACCAGGGCCUACCAUCACAGGUUGGGACUUGUGAAGAUUUUAAGUGCUGCAGGGUAUCACGUCUUGUCCAUAGACUACAGAGGCUACGGAGACUCCACUGGUGAGCCGAGUGAAGCAGGCCUGACCACUGACGCCCUCUAUCUGUAUAACUGGGUAAAGAAGCAAAGUGGUGGAAGUCUAGUCUGUCUGUGGGGACACUCGCUUGGCUCCGGAGUGGCAACCAAUACUGCAGUGAAAGUGCAAGAGCAAGGGUCUGUGGUUGAUGCUGUAAUCCUGAGUGGUCCAUUCACAAGCAUUGGAGAAGUUGUAUUGAGCCAUCCGCUCACUAAGAUGUACAAGUUCCUUCCAGGGUUUGAGAGCUUGGUUUGGAACAUUUUGGAAAUGAACAACGUGGUAUUUGCUAAUGAUAAAAAUUUAAAGACCAUGACCAGUCCACUUCUUAUACUGCAUGCAGAGGAUGACAAUAUCGUUCCUCAUUACAUGGGUCUGAAGCUGCACCAUAUAUCACAUCAGGCUCAGAAAGAACACAAUAAAGAUGCUCAUGUUCAAGUGAUCUCCUACAGCGCACAUCUCGGAUACUGCCAUGACAAAUUCUACUUAGAUCCCAAUCUGUCAAAUGCGGUUGGGAGAUUUCUACAAACCAUGAAACAGCAGAAGUAAUUCAAGAGUUUGCAGUGCAGUUUGGCAGCUUUGCAUUGGCUCAAGCUCUCAUCUUCAAUUGUCAGCAUCUAUAGAGCACAUUUUGCAAAACAAUGUCCAAUAAAUUCUGAUAUCAUAA